ACUAUUAAUCAACAAUCACAAUUCACAAAUCACAAACUCUUUUCAUUUCGUAACCAACACGAACUCAGCAAACACGAAACACAGAAAAAUGGAUUUUGAACUGCGAAGAGCGAGAGAGAAGAUAGAAAAAGAGCAGAAGGAAAGAAAAGAGAAAGCGAGAUUGAAAGUUCAGAAGGAAAAGAAAGCCAAAGAGGAUGCUCGGAUUCAAAGGGAAGCCAUUGAAGCUGCUCAACGAUCUCGUCGUAUUGAUGCCGCUGAAGCUCAACUCAAGGCUGACCAACUGAUGCAAGAAAACCUACUUGCUGGGAGGGGAAUUGAUUUUUAUCGUUUGCUAGAAGCUGUCCCUUAUCAAGGUAGUGGAGAUAAGAUCAAAUUGCCUCCUUCUUGUUUUACAGAUUUGUCUGAUCAUGGAGCUCUUGACAAGGGACCGAUGUACUUUCAGUUAUCGUUAACUCACAAGGAUGGAUCUUCAGGCAUUCAAGGUACCGACGAAGACCAAACUGGAACCACCCAUUCAGGAGUUUUAGAAUUCACUGCUGAUGAAGGUUCAGUGGGUCUUCCUCCUCAUGUAUGGAAUAAUUUGUUUUGUGAAGGUUCUAUUAUGGAAUCUCCAUUGGUGGAAGUCCGGUAUGUUUGGCUUCCAAAAGGGACUUAUGCCAAACUUCAACCUGAAAGAGUAGGAUUUUCUGAUUUGCCAAACCAUAAAGCUAUCCUCGAAACAAGUCUUCGGCAGCAUGCUACUCUUUCUCAAGGUGACAUUUUCAUUGUAAACUAUGGAGAACUUGAAUACAAAUUAAAGGUGCUUGAGUUAAAACCUUCUUCAAGUGUAUCUGUUUUAGAAACAGAUAUUGAAGUCGACAUAGUUGAUCCGAUUGAAUUCUCAGAACAGACUCAUCAACAUGUUUUAAUUCCAGUUGUAUUUCGGACGCCACAAACUGGAACAGUAGAAGAAGGAAAGUUUGUGUAUUACAAGUUUUCAAUAGACAAUAACACUUGGGAGAAAAUUUCUAGUGGGAGUUCUAGUAUUGAGGUAAAAUUAGAAUCAGAGACAAAUGAGGGAGACAAUGAGGGAGACACUGAUCUUUUCAUUUCUAGACAUCCUCUCAUAUUUCCUACACGACACCAGCAUGAGUGGUCUUCCCAUGAUAUUGGAUCAAAGACUUUGAUUCUCAGCUCUAAAGAUAAAAACUUGGCUGCGGGGACUUACAGCAUUGGUGUAUACGGAUUUAAAGGAUCAACCGAGUACAAGCUAUCAGUCACGAUUCAAGAUAAUUUAAACCAAAAGUUGGGUCAGCAAGCAUCAUCUUCUAUGUCACCCAUGGAAUUGGAUACUGAACAAUGCAGGAAUUGCAGGCAUUACAUACCCUCAAGGACUAUUGCAUUACAUGAAGCUUACUGUAGCAGGCACAAUGUUACUUGCCAGCAUGAAGGUUGUGGAGUUGUUCUUAGAAUCGAGGAGUCCAAAAAUCACAUUCAUUGUAACAGGUGUGGUCAAGCUUUCCAGCAGGCAGAAUUGGAGAAACACAUGAAAGUUUUUCACGAGCCACUUAAAUGCCCUUGCGGAAUAGUACUUGAGAAAGAGCAAAUGGUGGAACAUCAAGCAUCAGUGUGUCCCUUGCGACUAAUUUCAUGCCGGUUUUGUGGUGAUAUGGUUCAAGCUGGAAGUUCUGCCAUGGAUGUGCGUGACAGAUUAAGAGGAUUGUCUGAGCAUGAGAGUGUUUGUGGGUCGAGGACUGCACCGUGUGAUUCUUGUGGACGUUCAGUAAUGUUGAAGGAGAUGGACAUACACCAGAUUGCUGUUCAUCAAAAAGGCUAAUUCUGAUGCACUCUCUGUUGUGAAGGAUUGCAUCUGGGUAAUCAUGAUAUAGAACUUAAUAGAAAGAUGAAACAUUUGUAUGUAUUGGUUGGCUACCAUGGGUUUGCACCCAGUUGUGGAUGUGUUACAUUGUUGAUCUUUUUAUUCAUUAUGUAUCAAAUUAUGAUUCUUUGUAGAAAAUGUGUUUGAGAACAAGUAUUAUGCAUACUCAUUACAAAAACUAAAGUAAAAUGGUUUCCAGAGUCUUCUCUUAUAUUAAGCUUUGCUACUACUCCCUCCGUCCCAGUCCCACAAUGAGCGACCCAUUUGGAAUAAAAUGGUGUCCCAAAAUGAAAGUUAAAUUGGUCUAGCUAACAUUGGUCUAGACCAGUCAUGCUAUUAUUCGGUACCACAAAUUCUAAUUAAAGAUAAAUUGUGUAUUCAAAUUUCAAUUUACUAUUAUUCACAUUUUGUAUGUUUUUUUCUUUCAGUUGUUCUUCUCUUAUAAUAAACUUUACAACCAG